AUGGAGCGGACGAACCGUGCGCGUGUUACAUUUGGGGAUGUGACUGUUGUUCCCUAUGCGGGUACUCGCCCCGGUCCCGCAGGAAACAAGCGCGCAUCACAGGCAGAUGAAAGCUCGAGUUACAGCUACAGCGACUAUUCGGACGACUAUAGCUACUACGGCUCUUAUACACAAUCCAGCAGGACUAAUAGUAAUGAAUCGUCAUCAUAUUCCCAAACCAUAGAGUCGUCAGGCACCAAAACGCAGCCCCCACCGGCGAGAGAACAACAACAACAACAACAACAACAACAACAACAACAAUCGUACACCCAAAGUGGGCAGCUGCAGCCACAACUGCAGGUUCAGCCACUUGCACCGCAACAUCCCCCUCGCGCCCCAGUUGCACCUCAGCAACCAGUGCCAUCCAAAAGUGUGCAGGGGCCUCGUGGCAACAGCGCCGCACGAGUUUCAACGGAGUCUUACACCGGAUCAUACUCGAGCUAUUCCUAUAGUUACAGCGACUCCACCGAUGAGGGGCAUAAUGUCGUUGCCAGCGCCCGUUCCGGUCACGUUGCAGGUGCCGCCCAGUUAGACAGUGAAAAGAAACGCGCCGCGGCAGGAACCACAACAAAUAUUAGUGCACCGAAAGCACCUAUCGGAAGCAUGCAGAUGCCAACCAUAACCCAACAAACGUCGCAAACGAGUGGUCAUCAGCAUCCUCCCAUGGCUCAACCUCACUUACAAAUGGGAGUUCAGCAGGUGUCUCCAUGGGCUCAACAGGUGCCUGUUGGAAAUCAGCAACCACCCGCCGUGCAUUCGCAACCGCCAGCAAAUAUUCAACAGCGGCAUGGGGACGAUCCGUUAAUGUCUGCAAGAUCUCGGCAGCAGCCACCAACAGGAAGUCGGCGACCGUCACUGCGGACUCCAGAGAUUCCAAAAGAGGAUCAACAACAGACGCAUACGAGUGUUCAGCAACGACCAGCAAAUGCCAAGUACCAACAAGCCGUUGUGGGUCAUCAGCAUCCUCCCAUGGCUCAACCUCACUUACAAAUGGGAGUUCAGCAGGUGUCUCCAUGGGCUCAACAGGUGCCUGUUGGAAAUCAGCAACCACCCGCCGUGCAUUCGCAACCGCCAGCAAAUAUUCAACAUCCACGUGUGGGAAGUCAGCAACCAGUUGGGAUGGCACACAAGUACCAGGCAGCGAGAACACAACAAAUGCCUUCAAAGACUCAGCUCGGUCGGGCACCGGCCACCUCGACAGAGGGGCUCAAAAUUGACAACUUCAGUGGCAGUGGUUCUGAUUAUUAUAGUUAUUCACCAUAUGGUUCGCAUUCAGGCUCCUACACUGGCUCCUACUCAAGUUAUAGCUACACACAGAGGAUGCCUGGACAGAGUUACAGCUCUGGGGGAGAUUACACUACUACAGUGAAAGCUGCUGCACCUGCACGGCCCGUGGAGCCCCCGAAGCCAGAAACACACUCCCACACUGCUCCACCGGCGGCAAGCCCGAUUGUCAGAGGAAGAGUUCAAGACGAUGAUUCGUACAGUUAUUCUUAUUCUUAUUCUUACGGCAGUGUGAGCUCGCCGGAGGUGAAACACCCCCUACCCCCAUCACACGUUGUUAAAGCCCCACAACCAGAGCAAGAUGCUAACGUAGUAUCGGUUAGCUCCUCAGAAUUGGGAUAUACAGGUUCAUAUUACGACAGUGAAUACGACUACUCCUAUGAUUAUUCGGAAAGCGCAACAAAAACCCAGAAGGCGGUAGAAGAACCGAAAGGUGCCGAACAGCAUUCUAAAAGCACUGUUGAGACCACCACAUCACUAAUUAAGCCAACUACUAGCGGCUACACCGGAUCGGAAAGUUAUAGCGCCUCAAAAAGUGGUGAUUACAGCAUCGAACUCAGUGGGGAAGGCGGCGUGACAAGUUCGGAGUCCACUGAGAUUCCCUCGCCCGCAAGGAUACGCAAAACAAUUUUGCUCGCCGCCCCGUCCGAAGCAGAGCCCCGAUUUCACUCAUUGCCACGAGGUUGCAUAGUUCCGCACAGCUCAAUGGAAGACACUUUAUCAUCGUUUCUUGACCAACUUGCCGAGUUACAGGUUGAAACCAUGGAACGCAACAGAGUUCUGAAGGUAUUGAACACCGAAGUAGAAGCAGCUAAGGAUUUGAAGGAAAGGAAAGUAUCUGACUCGCAAAGGAUUGCAUCCGAUGAGGCGAACUCACCAGCGGAUAUUGUUGAAGCCCCGAUCUCAGUUAUACCCUCAAGGAAUCUCACUAGGAAAAGCUUGAUGUUUGCGUUGAGGGCGGUUGGUGUGGAGAAGGCCAAGGAGCGGUAUAAGAUUCUUGAGGAUGUUGAUACGGUGGUGCCCCGUGAAAAAGCAAGGACAAUCUUGGAGUAUUACGGUAGCAGGUGUCUCACGGAGAAAGUCAUGUCGAUGUUCGUCGCGUAUGACGAGUUCUAUUCGGGCGAAGUCCCACUAAGCAUUGCCUUCGAAAUCCUUGAGUAUUGUGGUUUAGUAACCCAAACCGUUGGGAAAUUUAAAAUAUUUCUGCGGCCUCAGGUCUCUCAAGGCCAAAUUCUUCUUUGUGUCGCGGAUCAACCUCAAGAAGCAACUGAAAACAUCGUAGAUGAUGCCGAAGGCGAGAAACGGUGGAUACAACCGCAGACAUAUGAAACCACUGUUCGAUGCUGCGGAGAGGGGUGGAAGUACGGCGAUCACAAAGUGUACUGGAAUGGUGAAUCGGGUGACGUGUUCGUUGGAUCAUUUAUUGUGGCUAAAGGUAUCACUGAACGGAAGGUGGCUGUGCAACUCCUUCGUUAUAUCGAAGCAUUUUUAUAUGUGUGCCACGCUAUUAUGGUAGUUACUGUGGGUACCGGGAUGAAGUUGCGUGUUUUGUACACUCCGCUAGUCGAAAAACUGCUGAACCCAACGGUAAAAGGAGUGACAGAUGCCACGUCAUUUCUUUACGAGCUGGCCUUUGGUUCCGUCUUUAAUCCAAAAAAAUAUGUGAAGUUAUUGGCCAACAACUCAAAUCUACGUGACCGGUACUUAUGUGAGGGCGAUGACGCCGUCCUCCACGAUACGAUACGGCCCAAACACCUUGUACCGAAGGCGCCAUUUAUGAUAAACGGUGAUAAAGAUGACGAACUAAACACUUUACUCAUGUCUACUGCCAACUCUUACACCACUGUGAGCGCCAACAUUUGGACACAGAAAGGUGUGGAGGGAUGCUAUCUUGAAGUUGGAGUAGAAAAACUUCGUAUCAGUGAAAAGGUGCCGGAGAAUGCCCGCUGCUAUUGUCUUGUGAGUGUACGAAAAUCAAAGGAUUCGGAAUGGAUGACUGCGGAGGUUCUUCAAGCUGUGUCAGUGGGGAAAGCAAACAAAGGGGGGUUUAAGUGGAAGUUUGGCAAGAGCAGUAGUGACCGCCUCUUCUUCACUGGUGCAAUUGAGGAUUCCCUUUAUGUGGAAGCGUGUUAUGACAUUGUGGAUGCAUCUGGAGAGACAACCACGUACUGUGUUGGUCAUGUGCUUGUGCCAUGUGGAAAACUGAAAAGCGGUAAACUCCCUGUUCGUCCUGGUAGUUGUUACACUUACACCCCAUUGGACGAGGCGUUGAAGCAGCCGGUUGAGGCGUCUGGAGGUUUCUGCGCACCGCGGCGUAAAACCGCGGGACCGCCUGCAAAAUCACUGACUGUAACAAUUAAGCGGUUACGUUCGAAAGAUGUUCCGGAUCUGAAAACACUUCCUAGUCGCUGCCUCUCUUUACACCGUCAUGUCUCACUGAUGUCACUCAUGUGCGCUGCAGUCAUUAGCGGCCGCGACGGUGGUUCCCAUCCGCUUCGUUGGUUGCGUCAGCAACAGGUCCAAUGUUGCUUCAUGGUCACCGCCGAUUCCGAACUCAUGGAUAUCUUGCAGGGGUUGUGGAAACGCGUAAUGAAGGGGAAGUUGGGGCCCAAACCUCAGAAUUUAGGGCAGAAGUAUAAAAGAAUUCUCAUCCUCGCUACGAAGGUGGUAGCCGCACACAACAACAUUACAGGUGGUGACCAAGGCAUCAUCACCGAUGUUGUGGCGGGAAAGAAGGGAAUUCCCUUUACAGAAAACAUGAACCGACCAUUACGCCCUGUUUGCGUGUAG